GCAGCGGCGGCGGCCGCGCCCGUGGCUCAGGAUGCGGCCGGGGGGCGCGCCGCUCGCCUUGCUCGCCAGCCUGCUGCUGCUGCUCCCGCUGCGCCUGCUCUGGGGCUCCUUGGCCGCGCCGGCGCUCUCCAGGCUGUCUGUGGAGGAAAGCAGGGAGGCCACGCACAGCACCACCGCCGCGCGGCGGACGCUCAGGAGCCCGGCGACCCCGCCGCCGCGCCCCACGAACAGCCCAUAUCUGAAUGAGAACACGCUCCAGCUGACAGAAAGAUGCAAAGAUCUGCAAGAUGGAUUUGAGGCUUUAUCUAACAAAACAAAAUGGUAUUCAGAGAAUGACUAUCUUCAGAUUAUCACAAACAUACAGAGCUGUCCAUGGAAACGACAAGCAGAAGAAUAUGAGAAUUUCAGAGCAAAGCUUGCUUCCUGUUGUGCUGCUGUUCAGAACUUCAUUGUUUCUCAAAAUAACACUCCAGCUGGGACUAACAUGAGUUAUGAGGUGGAAAGUAAAAAUGAAAUCCUGAUAAGAGAGAACAUUUUUAAUAUGUUUCCAGUGUCUCAGCCGCUCGCCGAGUACCCGUAUGGUCGGUGUGCGGUGGUCGGAAACGGGGGCAUCCUGAAUCAGUCUCUCUGCGGAGCCGAAAUUGACAAAUCUGACUUCGUUUUUAGGUGUAACCUCCCCCCAACCACUGGAAAUGUUAGUAAAGAUGUUGGCAGGAAAACCAAUAUUGUGACUGUAAAUCCCAGUAUCAUAAAACUGAAAUAUGGGAAUUUAAAAGAAAAGAAAGCAGUAUUUCUGGAGGACAUUGCAACCUAUGGAGACGCAUUUCUUCUUCUGCCGGCAUUUUCCUUCAGAGCCAACACUGGUUCCUCUUUUAAAGUGUAUGAUAUGCUGAAGCAAUCUAAAGCAAGACAAAAGGUUAUAUUUUUCCAUCCUAAGUACCUGAAAAAUCUUGACCUUUUCUGGAGAACUAAAGGUGUGACAGAGUAUCGCCUGUCCUCCGGCUUGAUGAUCACAAGUGUGGCAGUUGAACUGUGUGAAAAUGUGAAGCUGUAUGGAUUUUGGCCCUUCUCUAAAACUGUAGAAAACACACCUGUCAGCCAUCAUUACUAUGACAACAAUUUACCUAAGCGUGGCUUCCAUGAGAUGCCCAAAGAAUAUAGCCAAAUUCUCCAACUUCACGUGAAAGGAAUCCUCAAAUUACAGUUCAGCAAAUGUGAAAUAGCCUAAGCAAAGUGUCUUGAAGUGGGAAUGUUUUUAAUAUAGUGCAGCUGGUGAGUAACAAUGUUUCUGGACCCUGAAAGAGGUGGUUGUAGAGGACUAUAGGAAGAGCCCCCAAACAUGGUCUGAUCAGAGCUCCCAACUGCGCUUGCAACCUCAGCAACUCGCACAUUUGUUCUGGUCUUCAGUCCUGCUCCCUGUCAAAUGAAGACUAUGGUAUCUAACUCAUAUUAAGAAAAUGUGAAAACUCUUGGCAGAGUACAGGUAGAGUCUCAGUGAAUAUUUCCUUGUUGGUAUUUAUGACAGUCAAAUCCAGCCCUCAGCAGAUGGAUAAUGAAAGGCAGGCCAUCUGAAAGACCCUUUCACCAGAGAACAGACAAAUUGCCAGUAUUCCCAGGGGUUCUUUCUCUGGCAGGCCUAUUAUCAAUAAUGUCCAUCUCAUCUUUCUUCCUGUCUUAAAGUGUGUGUAGAAGAAAAUUAUGUAUUUAAGAAACCAUUGAUAUUCAGGAAUUAAAUCCUUCUCUUUGUAUGGUAAUAUGCCUGCUGCUAAUUACCUUCACUUAGGUCUUAGCUGAGAUGAUGCAUUGGUUGGAUUUUGGCCAGUUCUUUCCCUCCUUUAUCUACACCUUUGAGUCACUCUUUAUAAUUCAUAUUAACUUCCUGCCUUGCUGUUAAAUCUUUUCCUCUUCCACUGACAGAAUCUCCUUCAAGGACAUGAGUAUGUACCACACCUGGGUUUUCUUACUUCUUGUCUCUGGGGUCACAUGUUCAUUUUUUUCUUUUUUGAGUUAAUGAACAGCUACUUCAUGCCAGACCCUGUAACAGGCUCCAUGGGGGAUAUAAAGGUGACUCGGGCCUGCAGGAGGAGACAGAUGUGCACAUCAUCAACAAUGCUACAAGGUGGUAAAUAUUAUUACAGAAGUUGUGAAGAGUACUAUGAGGAACAGAGGCAGGAAUAGUUAAUCGAUUUCAGUGGACUCUAUUUCAGAGAAGAGGUGAUUUCUGAAUUGAACCUAGGAAAUAGGUAAGGUUUUACCACAUGAAGAUUAAGGAGAGAAUAGGGGAAAAAGCUGUCCCCACCUUUCUCAUUCAUCAAAAUGAGGAUACCUGAAGUAAAAUCAUGGUCUUUACCUCAAAAACUGCCACUCAAGGGUAGGAUAUAUCAUACAUGUGGUGGCUUGGGCCCACAUCUGUGAAAUGGGAAUAGAUUGACUUGCUUGGUCUCACAGGAAAGCUGUAAGGAUUAAAGCACACCAAACUUAAUUCUCAUAAAGAAAGGUAUAUGUUUACCUGAGAAAUAAGACUAAUAAUUUAAACAAAAAUAUAAAAUAAGGUUUAAGUAGAUGACUAUUACCAUUUUCUCACCACUCCCUUACAUUAUAAUAAAACCUGUUAAUAUAGCUCAUCCCUGUGUACUGAAUAAUUUAUUUGACUUCAAUAAGUAAUUGUGUGCAUACUUUCCUGCUCAUCUUAAUAUCAUUGAAAGAAGAGCA